UGGGGAUUGGUUAAACGAUACCGAACUUCGGGUCUCGGGCGGCCGUUCGGGACGCUCUGGGCACCCCUGCACGCCGCUCGGCGAAGCACAGCUGUCGAUUCGCAUCCCGAGGCAAAGAGACCUGCCAGAACCUACGAAACCGGUCGAACACACAUAACAAUCCCCUCCUGCCAACCAGAGAACGGUGCGCCAAGGCAGCAGCACCGGGUCUGGAAGCGCGGUUGCUUUAUGCUGCGAUGGGCCGAACGUCUGCAUGAACUGGCGCGUUCCUCGCCUUCGUGCCGGCAUGCUGGAUGCCCGCUGAAGCGCAGGGCGCGUACAGCUACGCAUGCCCGAGGCUGGCGCGUGGCUUUUGACUGUCGGACGGAGCCUCACCCCCGCCCUUGUCGUUGCCUCGGGUCCAGGGGCUCACCGCCGCUGCUGCCGCCGUUCUUGCGGCGCGCCCCUCGUGCAGCGCACAGCACGAAGUCGGAAGCGCCCACUACGCUCCGGGGGGCGAAGCGAGAUACCAACAACACGUGUCGACAUCCAAACCCUACCUCCACCAACCAUCGAUUGUCCUGAAGCGAUGGGGGGCGGUGGUAAGGUUCGGAUCUCGCAACGUGUUCGACGAAUUCAAAACCUUAACCCCACCGCCCAUCGAUUUGACUGAAUCGUUGAUCGGCGAGGGUAGGGUUCGGAUUUCGUCGCCGACCCCCUUUCCCAGCGGGGUCUCUGCGGAUAACCCUGACCUGCAGGCUGGCUCUCAGUGGAGGCCCCGCCCAGCUUGCCAGUGGGGUCUGUGUGGGAAGCCCAACAAGGUACCAAUACCGCAAUGCCAAGGUCCCCUCCUGGGGUGCGUUCUGGCCAACACUCCUAGGCGAAUCCGGCGGUGGUGGCGACAAGAGGCCGAAAACCAUGACAAAUGUGGAGAAGCAGCGGUAUGGGUCCAGCUUUCGCCGCCAGCGGCAGCGUGACACUGAUGCCCCUCCUCCCUCCCAAGAUGUCGGAGGUGCCGCUCUCGCCGCGGGCGCCGUCGUGAUCGCCCUCUCGCCACGCAGGGCGACAACAGCCCGCUCGAGGCGGGCGACGCGGCGCUGCAGCUGCGACGCAGGCCCGCGCGCACCCGGCUGGGGGUUGCCGCCGUGCAGGGGGCCCAGCAGGCGGUGCUUCACCAUGGCGGGGCACGGUCUAAAUCGAGAGGGCGUGGAGCAGGACGGAAUCACAAAGACGUGCAGAACUCCCGCGGCCUGCUACCAAACUGAUGAGGCCGAGAAGGAAGGCUGUCUCACCGAGAAUCCGAGCUGAGGCAGCUUGGGCCAAAUGCU